CCAUCAGUGUUCCGCUCAAGUUCCAAUUGGAAGUCAAGCUCCAGCAUGGCUAGAUCAACAACCGGGCUUGUCCUAACGACUCUCUUUCUCAAGCCAUUCGCCCAGUCCACCAACCCCACCACUAGCCCAAUUGUGACCGUGGAUAACAUUGAAUAUCACGGCCUGCACAAUGCCACUUUUCGCACAAAUACAUACUUCAACGUCCCCUUUGCUGCACCACCCGUCGGACCUCUUCGCUGGAAAGCCCCAGAACCGUACGUCGCUCCGAGCGAUCAACCUUCAAAAACCAUCUCCAUCGACGCCACAAAACGAGGCCCCUCUUGUGUUCAGGGCGCCCCCGUUCCGUUUCAGACAGAAGACCCUGCCUCGACUGUUAUCAAGGGCUCCGAGGAUUGCUUGACGUUGCAUGUAUUCACUCCCGACACUGCGACCCCAGACUCUAAACUCCCAGUGGUGUUCCACAUCCACGGCGGAGGAUACGUGGUUGGUGCAGCCGCUGAGGACAAUCAAGAGCCUUAUGCGCUUCUGCAGCAUUCAGGAGAGGGCACGUUUAUCUAUGUAUCAGUACAGUACCGCCUCGGAGCAUAUGGAUUCCUCGGUGGUCCCAAGUACGCUGCUAUGGGUGGCGCGCCAAACUUGGGGAUCAUGGACCAGCGACUCGGCCUCGAAUGGACACGGAAGAAUAUCGCUGCGUUUGGCGGGGAUCCAGACAAAGUCACUAUCAUGGGAGGGAGCGCAGGCGGAGGGAGCGUAACUGCCCAGAUGAUGUGGGCUGGUGGGGAAGAUGCCCCGUUCCGCGCAGCGCUGGCGGAUUACCCUUGGACCCAGCAGUUUCUAAGGGAAGAGCAGCUUGACCGGCAAUUCGAGGUGCUCUUGGAUGCCACGGGAUGCAGCGAAGGCGGGUGGGAGUGUUUGCAGGAUGUACCGGAGGAAAAGAUGAAGAACGCUACACAGGCAACUUACACAACUGCCUAUUGGAACGGCGAUUACGGAUAUGGAACCUUCUAUUACGGCCCGUACGUUGACGGCGAGUUCUUGAGGGGGCUGCCGUCUACAGAGUUCCGAGCAGGUCGCUUUUCCCACGUGCCCACGAUGGUGAAUAGAGCGGGAUACGAAGGGUUCGUCGUUACGAAUUUCUCCGCUUCUUACACGCUCGAAGAUGAGAAAGCCGACUUAAGGACGCAAUUUCCCUACGCUGAUCAGGCUUUAUUCGAUGAGCUAUACAAGCUAUACCCCAGCGAUUCCUUCAACUCCACCCCCUGGCACCGCCAGACCUGGUUCGGUGAUUUUGUAAUCAAUUGCCCUACACAUAACAUCGCUGCCUCGCUCGCAGACUUGAACAUCCCCGUAUACAAACACGUCUUCAAUGCUGGCACGCAGAUCCACGGCGCUGUUUCCGAACUCACCAACACGGUCGAUUAUGCCUCGCGACCUAAUGCCAAUGUGACUUUGGCCGAUGUGGUCAAGGACUACUACGCUUCUUUCCUACUGCACAUGGACCCCAACGCUGAGAGCUGGAGCGAUGUGGAGAAACCCGUCUGGCCCGAGUACCGCGAGUCUGGGGGUGUGGUCAUGAGUUUUAAUUUCACGGAGAUCGGAGGGGUUGAGGACCGGUACUUUGACGCUACCGAGAGGUGUGCGUUUUGGAAGGAGAAUGGGGCGGUUAUGGGGAAUUGA